GACGCGCUCUUUCCGGUUGUUCGAUAUUUGCUUGCUGGUGGUAUCCUGUUGUUGAUAUGAUCGUUUAGGUAUAUCGUGGUUUGUUUGGAGUUAUUAUUAUUAUUUUGCGGCUACGAAAGCGCAAUAGGGAAAGUCGUCUUUUAGUGGAUUAUUUGUGAGUGUUUAUAAUGUCAGGAGGAACCCGACUUGAAAACGCCAAUCCUCUGAUAUUUCAGCGAUCAGGUGAAAGACUCACCACUGCCAGUGACGAAAACGAGGAUGUUGCUGAUCCUAUCGAUGACAGAGAGAUCUUCGAUCUCAUCAGAUCUAUAAAUGAUCCUGAGCAUCCACUGUCCCUCGAAGAACUAAAUGUCGUGGAACAGAUCCGCGUUCAAGUGAAUGACCAAGAGAGCACAGUGUCUGUAGAGUUCACCCCUACCAUCCCACACUGCAGUAUGGCCACCCUCAUUGGCCUGUCCAUCAAAGUCAAGCUUCUGCGCUCCCUGCCUAACAGAUUUAAGAUUGAUGUUCACAUCACACCUGGCACACAUGCCUCUGAGGAUGCAGUUAAUAAGCAGCUUGCAGACAAAGAGAGAGUGGCAGCAGCUCUGGAGAACUCUCAGCUGCUAGAGGUGGUCAACCAAUGUCUGUCCACUAGAGCCAUGUGAUUGGAGAACUCCAUACAUGCAAGCCAGAGCUGUGUAAUAGUUGUAAUAUUACCUGAUAAGAAAAGGAAGCCUUACUGUUAAAAAAAUAUAUAAGUAUACUUAUGAAAAAAUUUUUUUGGAUAUGUUGUUUACUUAUUGCUCCAAUGGAGUAUUUAAACUCCAACAUGUGUCAGGAAUCGAAUAUUGAAACUGGAUCCCCUUUUAUGUUUGAGUGUAAGUGGAUAAACUAAUUGAUAUAUAUAUAUAUAUAUAUAUAUAUAUAUAUAUAUAUAUAUAUAUAUAUAUAUAUAUUUGUAUUAUUUAGAAUAGAAUUGCUCAUUGUCUUAUAUGGAUUCAUCAUCUUAAAAAAAUAAACAGUUCGCCUUUUUGUCUUUCUAAGUUUUUUGAACAAAACGUCUUUAGAUUUACAAAGGUGGGGAUUCACUGUAAAUUACACCUGUUAAUUAAUUAAGGUGGGAAUUUCAUGACUAGUAAAUAAUGCCUGUUUUGUCAAGUUGAUGGAGCCUUAGUAUAGUUCAUUUCAGUGCUUGCUCAUACGUAAAAAACAAACAAAACAAGUGCAAGUUUUGACGCAGAGAGCUAGAAGUUGCUAUGGUUGUAACUGCAUUACGAUUUUUUUAUAUUGAAUUAUCUUGAGGCAAGCAUAUAUCAUUACAGUUGUAGGUCUGCCAUUUCAAUUGAACAAAGUAUAAUAAAGUGUUAUAAUCUGUGAACUCA